AUGGCCAAGUGGCUCCGGGAGUACCUGGGCCGAGGGGCCCGGCGCUCCCCCCCCCGGCCGCCCCAACCCGAUUACAGCGGUACCGGCACCGGGACCCCCCCCGCGGCUCCCCCCGGUGCCGCCGCUUCCCCCCGGCACCGCUUGGUGCGGGUGGGGGGAGCGGGGCCGGGGGGGGGCCGCCGCCGACCGGAGCAGUGCCCCAACGAGAGCGAGUACUCGGAGCCCUUCGAGGGGGAGCAGGACGUGGUGCCCGAGGGGGGCACCGAGGACCCCGGGGAGGCUGCAGGGUGCCCGCAGCAGGGCGAGGGCAAGCGGCCGAGAGCCCGGCGGGGGCCCCAGCUCUACGACACCCCCUACGAGGGGUGGGAGAAGGCGGCCGAGGGCGCGGGGGGGGGCACAGCCCGGGACAGCCGCCUGCCCCGCGACGACGAGCGCCCAGCCGACGAGUACGACCAGCCCUGGGAGUGGAAGAAGGACCACAUCUCGCGGGCGUUCGCAGUGCAGUUUGAGAGCCCCGAGCGCUCCCCCAGCCUGUCCCGGCAGCCGCCGCGGCCCCCCCGGCCCCCCCCAGGCAGCAGACCGGGCUGCCCGCCCAGCCCGGGGCACGUGGACACCUCGCUGCCACUGGAGAAGCAGACGUGGUACCACGGCCCCAUCGGGCGGGCGGGCGCGGAGACGCUGCUGGCGCUGUGCCGCGAGGGCAGCUUCUUGGUGCGGGACUGCGAGACCAGCCCCGAGGACUACUCGCUCUCGCUCAGGAGCAGCCACGGCUUCGUGCACGUGAAGCUCACGAGGACGCGGGAGCGACACUUCGUGCUGGGGCGCGCGGGGGCCGCCUUCCCCUCGGUGCCCGAGGCCGUCAGGCACUACACAGCGCGGGCGCUGCCCAUCCGCGGCGCCCGCCACCUCUCCCUGCUCUACCCGGUGGCCGCGCAGCCCCUGUGA